AUGCGGAAGAAGAACGUAGACGUAAUAUUCUACGAAUUGAAAGACGCCGUCUGCGCGACGCUUGUGAUCCAUUGCAGUUGCCAGAAAGAGUUCAUUGGACAUUUUCGUUUAACAAAACUUGGAUUCCAACAGGUUUGGGUGGAACUUAGUCCUCGUCUACCAAUAGUUAGACGAAAUACAGGUGUUCGCAAUGAACUCAAAAUUUGUGAUGCUAAACUGACCAUCCUCCAUGUUGAUGCAUUUUUAGAAGGAUUAGAAAGAAAUGGAGAGCGCCUUUGGCUUUUAGGUGAACUAGCCGUGAUGGCGACUAAUAAUUCUGAAACGCAACAACCUUUCAGCGCGUCAGCAGGCUUGCCGCCUCCGAGGCGUAAGUCCUUCCUCCGCCCAAGACAGCCAGCAAAGCAAUCGACAUCAAGCACCGCUUUAACAAAUGAUCCGCUAUGGCUAAACGCUUUUGUUUUGGAUGGAGAACGGGGCCUCAGUCACGAAGAAGCUGUCAAGGACUCGCAAAAACGCGGAGACGCCUCCCACGAUCAGCAGAGGCUGAUCGCUUUUAUAGAGGGAUAUGAGUCGGUAGUCGGGGCUGGCGCUGCCACCUAUCUUUCAGGAUUGGGUGACUUUACUGAUGGGACCGGAGUGCACCACUACGUAACAGCGAGUGAGCCCAAUCGUCAAGGGCAUUUUGGCGUUCUCGACACCAUGGGACACAGAUCAUACGAGACGAAGUUCGCCCCUAUGAUCUCCUUCCACACCUUCCUCGCUGACGUAACUGCGACCAGAGAACGCCGCGAGCGUUUGGAUUUAGCCUCAUAUGCGACUACAACUAUGGUUCGAAAUUAUAGGAGAAAAUCAAACAAAGGUUCGUAUUGUAGCGAGAAACUGCAAGAAGCCGUUCGAGCGGUCCAAAAUAGAACCAUGAAGAAAAAACUUGUUUCAUGCUUGCAUAUAAUGGAAAAAAAUGGAUUUGGACUGAGUAGAGAAGAAAUUUUAAACAUGGUUGGAGAUUAUGUAAACCGCAACGAGAUUUCUACACCUUUUAAAAAUGGAAUUCCUGGCAAGGACUGGCUGUAUGCUUUUCAACAACGUCACAAUCUUACGGUAAAAAAGCCACAAUCUGUCGACGAAAUUUCCAAAGAAGCAUUUGAUGCUUUAAAAUUAAAACGUUGGAAGGAAUUCGUGACUUCUUAUGAUAUACCCCAACAGCUUCCAAAUACAUCGGAUAAUUAUGGAAUUUCACACAAUAACCACAGAGACAUUAAAAUAAACCGAAAUUUAAAGACACUGCAACCAAGAACAUUGGCAAUAGUCUUAGAUAAGUUAAACACAACCAAUCUCAAACUAUGUUUGUUGAAUAGAAUUCCCAGCAAUAAUAAUACUUUAGAAUUAGGCCAAAUUAACAAACAGACAACUACAUUCCAAGCAUUACUUCUUGAAAAAGUAAGACGAGGUGACUCAACUAAGACUGUUUGGCGUAAAGUGGCACCUGGUGCAGAAGUGAUUACCCGAGAUGACGUGGCAGGACAAAGCGUAUCCCCAGAUAAUGCCGAUACAGAAAGUGAAGUCAGCAUCUAUCCAGAUGAUGGUAACUUUGAUUCAGAAAUAAUUAGUACAAAAUAUGAUAUGGAUACACAAAAUGAAGAUUCAGAAUCUGAAAUGCAUGAUCGUUCUUUAAUUUUGAAAAGUGAAGCUUCUCCUGUAGAAGGAUUUUAUCUGGAAAGUUUUAUCUGGAACGGAAUCUCUUGCUGUCCCGGGAUCCAGUUU